GAGAGGAGACUAAAUAUAAUAGUCAGAAGUCAUCACUAGAAGUCAUUGAGAGUGUUUUUGUUCGGUAUGCCGUCUUUCAAUUUAGGAUCAGGAAAAUCUUUGUUUUCUUUUCAUUUUUUUCGCGAUGGAGCCCAUGGAAGUUGUCCGUAUCUCGUACGGCUCUAUCGCUCUCUUCUGGUCGAUACUUCACAAUGUCUUUCUCCUGUACUAUGUUGAGAUAUUCGUGUCCGUCUACAAGAUAGACAAGACGUCGUUUUGGAUUGGCGAGGCUGUCUUUCUUGUUUGGAAUUCAUUGAAUGAUCCACUUUUUGGCUGGAUCAGUGACCAUGGAUCAUUAGAAAAUAACAUUCAUGUUGGCUCCAUUGAAAUUGUUCGUAAAAGAAUAAGAGCGCUGAUGAAAUUUAGUCCCGUAUUUGUUCUGGGUUUUUUAUCUUUCUGGUUCAGCUGGCUGCAACCUUCGCUACAAUUUGUGAUAUGUCUUUGUAUAUACGAUGCAUUUUUAACACUUAUCGACCUAAAUCACUCAGCCUUGCUUGCUGACCUCGCUCUUAGUGAAGAGGAACGAACGAAACUUAACAGCUAUUCAUCAUUUUUCUCUGCCAUCGGUUCCACGUCAGUGUUCAUAUCCUACUAUUUCUGGGACAAGGAAUUUAUUAUCACGUUUCAGACGUUCUGCGUUUGCCUGGCAAUUUUUUCAUUCGUUGGUUUUGUUCUGAGCACCUCGACGUUGAAGCAUUAUUUUGAGAAAACGAGUCGCUCAUCUGUCCUGACCUCGACAAACGAGAGGCAUGAAGUUGCGACUCGGCAUAAUUCGUCCUCUCUGGCAUUGAAAAGAUACGUUAAGCAGCUGUUGGGACAUAAAAAUUUCUGGUGGUUCACUGCUAUGAAUUUAAUUCAGGUCUUCCACUGUCAUUUUAACAGCAAUUUUUUCCCGUUAUUUUUGGACAAAUUGCUUGGUCAUACACUUUCACCGAAGUCAGCCGCAUUUUUACUUGGUCUUUCGUUUGUGACACCUCACAUCAAUAACCUGUACUUUUUAACGUUGUGUCGUCGAUUCGGUGCUUACAUAGUUAUUAGGUGGUUGUUUUACGUCAAACUCGCGCUGAGUUUGGUUAUGUUAAUGCUGGGCCCUGAUUAUACAACAUUAUUAUGUAUUUUUAUCGCAAGUAAUCGUGUUUUCACGGAAGGGACUUGUAAGCUUCUCAACCUUGUCAUCAGUGAUCUGGUUGACGAAGAUUACGUCAUACAUCAUAGAAAACAAAGCAUCUCUGCGCUGGUAUUCGGCACUUCCGCAUUACUUUCGAAACCAGGCCAAACACUUGCGCCUCUUUUGGGAACAUGGCUGCUGGCCAAACAGACUGGAUACUCAAUAUUUUACUCCGACGAGGUCUCGGGAACUCACAGCUCUGAUUUAUUUUUGGACGAGAAAAACUUUCACGAUAGAACCGGAAAUGACGUUAAAUAUGGAUGUUUUCAAGUCUUGGUGUAUGUUCCAAUAGUUUGUGCUAUAUUACAGAUUAUCUUUUGGAGUCGUUUCAAAUUGCAUGGUAGACGCUUGAAAGUUGUGACGUCACAGAGGAUUGGUGCCGAAAUUGGGGGUGCUGUAUAAAGCAUAGUUUUGUCUACGGAAAAUUUUCUAUUUUAAAUAUUUUUACUAAAGUAGAAUUUUUAGAUAGAUAUAUUUAUCAGAGUAUCGAAUUAUUAUAUAAUAAACUGCAUUUACUACACACGCAGGCGGGUACUGCCCCAUAUUAAGGUCCGUUUUUCGGUGUCUUAAGAAUACCAAUAUUUUCACAUGAAACUAAAUUUUGAACCUGAAACAUGUAGUGAACGGUGACAUCGUUGUUUAGCGCGUGAUACUAAUUCUUACGGCUAUUUUCGUUCCGAAUAUUCCUUUCUCAUUUUUAAACGUGACUAUUUCGAAAUUUUUUGUUGAGGAAAACGCCCAUGGACGCGUCACUUGCGCUUUAGACUAAUUUCUUUCCUCGGCGAUAACAAGGACAUAUUCUGAAAGAGCUUACUAAAAGAAAUAAAACUGCCAAGUUUGGCUGCAAAUUGUUGUAAAUUACGGAAAAUAUAGCCAUGCGAACUUCACGAAUUUUGUAUACUUUUGUAUUACGGUCGGAAGUGUGUGUAACACAUUUAGUUACACAUUAGCGCACGUAAUACAAAAGUAUACAAAAUUUGCCAACUUCGC